AUGAUGGCAUUUGCACCACCAAAAAGCAUAGAUGGUCCCAAAAUGCAGACAAAGAUGAGUACCUGGACACCCCUAAAUCAUCAGCUUUUGAAUGACCAGGUAUUUGAAGAAAGAAGAGCUCUGCUUGGAAAAUGGUUUGACAAAUGGACAGACUCUCAGAGGAGAAGAAUCCUGAUAGGCCUGUUAGAACGCUGCUCCCUGUCACAGCAAAAGUUCUGCUGUAGACAGCUUCAGGAAAAAAUUCCAGCAGAAGCCCUGGAUUUUACUACUAAGCUUCCACGAGUAUUGUCUUUAUACAUCUUUUCUUUCCUGGACCCUCGAAGCCUUUGUCGUUGUGCACAGGUGAGCUGGCAUUGGAAGAAUUUAACUGAGCUGGAUCAACUCUGGAUGCUCAAAUGUUUACGGUUUAACUGGUACAUCAAUUUCUCUCCCACUCCCUUUGAGCAAGGUGUAUGGAAGAAGCACUAUAUUCAGAUGGUGAAAGAACUUCAUGUUACCAAGCCUAAGACUCCUCCAAAAGAUGGCUUUGUAGUUGCCGGUGUUCAGCCAGUUGCAAGCAGUUCUUCAAAGGAAAAGCAGUCCCCUUCAUCAGCUUUUAGGUCCUCUUCUUCUUUAAGAAAGAAGAAUCAUCCAGGGGAGAAAGAACUCCCUCCAUGGCGAUCCUCUGACAAGCAUCCUACUGAUAUCAUUCGUUUCAAUUACUUAGACAACUGUGACCCCAUUGAGCAAGCCUGGCAGGGAAGGAAGAAAAAAAAUGAAAUGACUCCAGAUUUCAGCCGACAGUUAAACGAUAAGAAAAAUAAAUUGCAGGACAGAUCUAAGCUAAGAAAAGCUCAGUCAUUGAUCCUUUAA